CUCACGUCUAGAAGUUAGGGGCUGGAGGGUCCUGCGCCGGCUGCUGCUUUCGCGCCUCUCUUCUUGCAGCCGUUCCUGUGGGUCUGUCCACCGUUUGUAGCAUCCAUUCCCCAGCGCGGGCCGCCCCUGGAAUUCACGUACCCUUAAAGAAGAGGCCCUCAGAAGGUUCUUCUCUUAAGAAGAUAAAGAAACGUAGUAGAAACGAGUCUCCUGAGCUUUUCUGGCCCUAAAUGGCAGCAGAAUCAAGAAAAUCUUUAGCCCCAUCCCCACCAGACCAGGUUCCUGAAGAGGACCUUGUAAUUGUCAAGGUAGAGGAAGAUCAUGGUUGGGACCAGGAAUCAAGUCUACAUGAAAAUAACCCUCCUGGCCAAGAGCUGUUCCGCCUACGCUUCAGGAAGUUAUGCUACCAAGAGACACUAGGACCCCGAGAAGCUCUGAUCCAACUCCGCGCACUUUGCCAUCAGUGGCUGAGGCCAGAUUUGAACACCAAGGAGCAGAUCCUGGAGCUGCUGGUGCUGGAGCAGUUCUUGACCAUCCUGCCUGAGGAGCUCCAGACUCUGGUGAAGGAACAUCAGCUAGAGAAUGGAGAGGAAGUGGUGACCCUACUGGAGGAUUUGGAAAGGCAAAUUGAUAUAUUGGGACGGCCGGUCCCAGCUCGUGCACAUGGACAUAGGGUACUCUGGGAGGAGGUGAUGCAUUCAGAAUCUGCACCAGAGCCUCCAGAUACUCAGCUCCAACCUGUGGCAACUCAGCACAAAUCUGCAGUGCUCCAAGGGCCACAUGAUAGAGCCAUAUCAGUUUCACAGAGUCCUACCCCUUCCCAGAAAGGAAGUCCUCGAGACCAGGAGAUGACAGCUACACUGCUUACAGCAGGGUUCCAGACUUUAGAGAAGAUCGAAGACAUGGCUGUGUCCCUAAUUCGAGAGGAAUGGCUUCUUGAUUCAUCCCAAAAGGAUCUGAGUACAGAUAACAGGCCAGAGAAUUAUAGAAACAUGUUCUCCCUGGGUGGUGAGACCAGGAAUGAGAACAGAGAAUUAACUUCAAAACAGGUAAUAUCUACUGGAAUCCAGCCACAUGGAGAGACAGCUACCAAAUGCAACGGGGAUGUUAUCGGGGGUCUUAAGCCUGGAGAAGCCCGAGACCUUCUGGGCUCAUUAGAGAGGCAGCGGGGAAAUCCCACCCAAGAGAGACGACAUAAAUGUGAUGAAUGUGGGAAGAGCUUUGCUCAGAGUUCAGGCCUUGUUCGUCACUGGAGAAUCCACACUGGGGAGAAACCUUAUCAGUGUAAUGUGUGUGGUAAAGCCUUCAGUUACAGGUCAGCCCUUCUUUCCCACCAGGAUAUCCACAACAAAGUAAAACGCUACCACUGUAAGGAGUGUGGUAAAGCCUUCAGUCAAAACACAGGCCUGAUCUUGCACCAGAGAAUCCAUACUGGGGAGAAGCCAUAUCAGUGCAAUCAGUGUGGGAAAGCUUUCAGUCAGAGUGCAGGCCUUAUUCUGCACCAGAGAAUCCACAGUGGGGAGAGACCCUAUGAAUGUAAUGAGUGUGGGAAAGCUUUCAGUCAUAGCUCACACCUCAUUGGACAUCAGAGAAUCCACACUGGGGAGAAGCCCUAUGAGUGUGAUGAGUGUGGGAAAACUUUCAGGAGGAGCUCACAUCUUAUUGGCCAUCAGAGAAGCCACACUGGGGAGAAACCCUACAAAUGCAAUGAGUGUGGGAGGGCCUUCAGUCAAAAGUCAGGCCUUAUUGAACAUCAGAGAAUCCACACUGGAGAAAGACCCUAUAAAUGUAAAGAAUGUGGGAAAGCUUUCAAUGGGAACACUGGCCUCAUUCAGCAUCUGAGAAUUCACACAGGGGAGAAACCCUAUCAAUGUAAUGAGUGUGGGAAAGCCUUUAUUCAGAGGUCAAGUCUCAUUCGACAUCAAAGAAUCCACACGGGUGAAAGACGGUAUACAUGCAGUGAAUGUGGAAAGAAGUUUGCUCAGAGCUCAGGCCUUGUUCGACAUCAGAGAAUCCACACUGGAGAGAAACCCUAUGAGUGUGAUCACUGUGGAAAAGCCUUCAGUGUACGCUCAACUCUCACUGUGCAUGAAAGAAUCCACACUGGUGAGAAACCCUAUACUUGUAAUGAGUGUAGGAAAGCUUUCAGUGUGAGGGCACACCUGAUUAUACAUCAGAGAAUCCACAAUGGAGAGAAACCCUAUGAAUGUAAUGAAUGUGGCAAAGCAUUUAGUGUGAGCUCAGACCUCAUCAAACAUCAGAGAAUCCACUCUGGUGAGAAAUCUUAUGAGUGUGAUGAGUGUGGGAAGGCCUUCAGUGUGAGUUCAGCCCUUAUCAAACAUCAGAGAAUCCACACAGGAGAGAAGCCAUAUGAGUGUAAGGAGUGUGGGAAGGCCUUCUAUGUGAACUCAGCCCUUAUUAAUCAUCAGAGGAUUCAUUCUGGAAAAAAGCCCUAUAAGUGUGGAGAAUGCAGAAAAGCUUUCAGCCAAAUCUCAACGCUUAUUCAUCACCAGAGAAUCCAUACUGGAGAGAAACCAUAUGAGUGUGGUGAGUGUGGGAAAGCAUUCCGUGGGAGCUCUAAUCUUACUAAACACCAGAAAAUACACACUGGACAGGAGCCUUAUUUGUGUCAUGAGUGUGGCAAAGCCUUUAAGUUCUGUGAUAGCCUUGCUAAACAUCAGAAAAUCCACACUGAAGAGAAAACUUACAAAUGUAAGGAAUGUGGAAAGGCCUUUGCUCAGAGCUCAGGGCUUGUUCGACACUGGAGAAUUCACACUGGAGAGAAACCUUAUAAGUGCAAUCAAUGUGGAAAAGCUGUCAGUUAUAAAUCAGCCCUUCUUUCACAUCAGGAAAUUCAUAGUAAAAUAAAACGCUAUCAGUGUAAUGAAUGUGGGAAAGCCUUCAGUCAAAACACAGGCCUGGUUCUUCAUCAGAGGAUCCAUACUGGAAAGAGACCUUAUGGGUGUAAAGAGUGCGGAAAAUGCUUUAGUCAAAGUUCACACCUUAUUGGACAUCUGAGGAUCCACACUGGAGAAAAACCCUUCAAAUGUAAUGAGUGUGAGAGGGCCUUCACUCAGAGGUCAGGACUCAUGGAACAUCAGAGAAGUCACACUGGAGAAAAACCCUACAUGUGUAAGGAAUGUGGGAAAGCUUUCCGAGGGAGCACCAGUCUUACUCAGCACCUGAGGAUCCACACUGGGGAGAAGCCCUACCAGUGUGAGGAGUGUGGCCGAGCCUUCAUUCAGAGGUCAAGCCUUGUUCGUCAUCAGAGGAUCCACAGAGGGCAGAAGUCUCCUUUUGAAUGUAUAUACUGUGGGAAAACCUUCUGCCAUAGUGCAGACCUCACUGAACAUAAACAAUUGCACAACAGAGAGAAGCCUUAUGAAUGUAAUGAAUGUGGGAAAACCUUCAGGCAGCGUUCAAAUCUUACUGAGCAUCAGCGAAUUCACAGUAAAGAAAAACCUUUUGAAUGUAAAGUAUGUGGAAAAGCCUUCACUCAGUAUGCAGGACUUAACCAACAUCGGAGAAUCCACACUGGAGAGAAACCUUUUGAAUGUCCUGUAUGUGGACGAGCUUUUAGCCGAAGCUCAGAACUUAUAAUACAUCACAGAAUUCACUCAGGGGAGAAACCUUAUGAAUGUGCUGAGUGUGGAAAAACCUUUAGAGUGAACUCAACCCUGAUCAUACAUCAGAGAAGUCACACUGGAGAGAAGCCCUAUAAAUGUGAUGAGUGUGGUGAAGCCUUCAGUCAACACUCGGGUCUUAGUCAUCAUAUCAAAAUCCACACAGGAGAGAAACCUUUUGAAUGUUCUGAAUGUGGGCGAGACUUCAGCUGUAAAUCAAAUCUCAAUAAACAUAAGAGAGUCCAUUCUGAGGAAAAAUCCUAUACAUAUAAAUAG